AUGUCGUUCACGGGAGAGCAACGCGCUUUUUGCGUUCGCGCCUAUUUUCAAAACAAUAAUUCGCUUAUUCGUGUACGGCGCCUGUAUCGUCUCAAUUAUCGAUUGAGGCAUAUUGAUGAAACGCCCAGCAACUCUACCAUACUCUCAUGGAUCCGGAGUUUCAACACUACCGGAAACACAACAGGAAGCAAGAAAUCUGGGCGUCCAAGAAGUGUAAGAACGGUUGAAAACAUUGAGUUGGUGGCAAGUUCGGUGCAACGUCAACCUCAAUUAAGCAUAAGAAAACGGCAGUCACAAUUAGGCAUGUCCAGAGCGACUGUUCAUCGAAUUUUGCGUUCUGAUUUAAAUUUGAAGCCUUACAAAAUUCAGAUCGUACAAGAAUUAAGAGAAACCGACUUUGAUUUAAGACUGAAUUUUGUAAACACAAUGUUGGAGAAGUUUGACGAUUACCAGAACAUCUUCUUUAGUGACGAAGCUCACUUUCAUUUGGACGGCUAUGUCAAUCGGCAAAAUUGUCGUUUCUGGGGCAACACAAAUCCAGGGCUGCUCCAUCAACGACCUUUGCAUAGUCCGAAGGUAACCGCAUGGGUGGCUAUGUCGGCGAAAUGUGUCAUCGGACCUUAUUUUUUUGAAGACGCAAGAGGCAGAACUGUCACCGUAAAUUCGGCGCGUUAUGUGACCAUGCUACGCAACUUUUUCGAGCCAGAGCUUCAAGAAUGUGAGCAUUACAAUGUCCAGUCAUGGUUCCAACAGGAUGGAGCCACAUCCCAUACAACUAACAACUCAAUUGAAGCCCUACACCAAUUGUUUCCCGAAAAAGUCAUUUCAAGAAGGGGUGACAUUGAAUGGCCCCCCAGAAGCCCGGAUUUGACGCCACCCGAUUUUUUUUUAUGGGGAUAUCUUAAGUCAAAUGUGUAUGAAAAUUCUCCGCAAACUUUGAACGACUUGAAGACCAACAUCAGAGAAAAAAUUGCGUCCAUAGAUAGACCGCUUCUUCAGAAAGUUUUCAGAAACUUUCACCAAAGACUCGAAGAAUGUCAGCAUCGUAAUGGACGCCAUCUCAACGAUGUAAUCUUCAAAAAAUAA